UUUCCUUUUUUUGGUACACAAUGUUUUUGUCACUUUCACCAACUAACCUGAAAGAUAAGCGUGGGGAAGCAUAUUCUGUUUUAGGAGUGGUUUUUUUCGUUUAUUUGUUGGUUAUCUUCUCGAUGAAUGCGGUUUCUAGAGAGAUUUUCGCUGGGUUUUUAGCCACGACUUGCUCCAUAGUUGUCUAUACUUCAUCACUAAUCUCGGUGAUCAAAACAAAAGAGGUGAAAUUGACGACUUCGUUUUUGAUGUUCUUGAACGGGGCCUUCUGGUUUGCCUUCGGAUUACUUAAGCAAGACCUUUUUUUUGUUGUAUCAAAUGGAUUUGGGUGUGGAGUGGGAGCACUACAAAUGUACUUCAUUUAUCGAAAUAACAAAGGUGAAACCAUAAAUCAAAAGGAAAAAGGAAAGAGGAAGGCCAAGAUUGCAUGAAUGAAUCCUCUCGAAUCUAUCAUCAAAAUUCAAAAUAACUUCUAGUGAAAUUAAAUUUAAAUUAAUGAAAUACUAGUAUUUAGUUUGGACUU